CGAUUGUUUUGGUGAUGACUCUGACACGAGGUGGAUGGCUUGAUCAGAUGUGAGGAGUUCGGUGUGCAGGAGUGGCGAUAUAUUGAAGGGUAACGGCACUGGUUGAUCUUCGGCUACAUAGCAUUGGAAUGUCGUCUCAUUGGCAUAGGUGUCACUUCCUUCUCUGGACAAGAAAUCAGCAGUUUGAUUUCGUUUACCUGGCAGGCAAGUCGGGUGAAUCUGAGAUUUCGGCCGUUGAAGAGGAAGGACAGGUAAUCUCGAGAUUCUUCUGCCACUUGUACCUGCCAGUAUCCGGCGCUGAGGUCGACGGUGGAGUAUAUGGUCUUGCCAUAGAACGUCUGCAACACCUGAUCGAUCUGGGCGGGAGCUUCACGGUCGUCGUCGAGAAUCAUGUUCAGCUGGCGGGCGUCGAGACAGAGUCGGGUGGAGCCGUCCUUCUUCGAAACGCAGGUAAUACCAGGAAGGAGUAUGGGAAGCACUUUCCUUCGACUUGGAUCUCCAGGAGGCAUUGUUUAGUUAUUCGGAGGCGACGUCCUGGUGUGACACCUGAUAGGAUGAGGGUCCAGUCAACGGCGGGAGCGGGUGCAUGGUUAACGGUUAACCGCUGGUUUUUUAUCUGAGCAACGGUGCGAGAAAUGGGAGUUCUUGUUUCUGAGACGUCAUCGACUGAGUGCUCUUCUGAUAUUUCGUCCUCCGGUUCUUGGGCUACCAACGUAUCCUCCACUAGAAUGCAGCUCUCCUCCACCUGCGUCGACGACAAGUCAUCUAGUAGAUGUGGAUGGAAAUCGGCGGAUGCGGUGGCAGAUGCGGAUGGUGGUGAGCGAUCGGGUGAGAUGUCUUCGGUGUCUGACAGACUUGGAUUGACCUGGUCGUUUCCUGCCAUAGUUUGCGGAAAAAUAGCGCAACGAAAGUGUGCAGUGAAUAAAAAACGUGAAAGUGUUGUGAUAUACAAAAUAAUUGGUAAGAAAUCCAAUAGAAAUUGUUAUAGCGUCGUAGUGAGUGAAAUACAGAAAAAGUGGUUUAGCAAUGUGUUC